AUGACUACGCUGGCUAACACUCGCCGCUGUCUCGCGCUGCCACGGGGGCCAGUGCUCACGGCUGGCGCCUUUGUCGGCGAGCAUCAACCGACAGAUCCAGACUUUCUGCAGUGGUUCGUGAUAAGCGCGAACGAAGCGGUCCGGACCGAGCUGCCGACCGGGAGCGGCGACGGAUCGUGCGUCCCCAUUGAACUGGCGCACUUCAUCGGGGAUGUAUCUGCACGUGCCCUGGUGAUGGGAACUAAGUGUAGCAAAGGGUACGAUGCUUGCUCGAAAGGGCAUUGCGAAGUACAAAUCGAAGACCGUGUCGCAUACUUCCCUCUACAAGAAGGUCCGGAACGGGCGAAGGAGUGCUUUGCCGAGCUUCCGACAAAGCGGAAAUUCGUCUGCAGGCCGUCGCCGGUCCGUGGAUUAACGCCGUUCCAUCCGGUCAAGGACAUUAUAGCGUGUGACUUGGCGCACGCGCUAUAUGGAAGCAUAAUGCCUCGCAUUAUGAACUUGGCAAAGGGCAAGAACGGGAUUUUACGCCAAGUUAAGGCCCUGUGUCGUUGCCUGCCGGCCGAGGCACCGGGACAGAUACGACAAGUCGCGCUAGCAACCAUCACUCGGAAAGACUUUGGUUAGGUGUUCGCAUGCUCGUCCUCGCAUGCGUUAGGACUUCGGUGCCGUUUGCUGCUGGGAGGGCGUAUUUCACGGUGGCCGACAUACACUACAAGAUCUGGAACGCUCUGGAGAGUACGUGCU